AUGGCGGUAGAGGUGGCAGUCGGCACGCCGCUUGCCGAGGCGCUCCAGGAGCUUGUUCAACCGAAGUUGGUGGAGGUGGGAUGGAGUACUGGCGGCGACGACUCCGCGCUGUCGGAAUACAUCAUUCUCAUGCUGGUGAACGGGAAGACGCAGGAACAGAUCGCCUCAGAGCUGUCAAAUGACCUGCUUGGCCUCGGACCAGAGGAUUCAGGCGCCACAGACUUUUCGCGCUGGUUGUUCAACCAGGUUGUGAUUCUGGACAGGCAGCUCAGUGGUGCGCAAGAAGCGACUUCAAUAGCGCCUGCCGCUGCAGAAGCGUCGCAGAUAGAACAGGCGCGAGAUAGCGAGAUGGGAGGCCAGAUGGCACCCUCUGAGCAGCAAGACGCCGAUAUGGACGAGGCAGCAGAUGGACCGGCUGGCGCAAUACCAACCGGGCCAAAAGCAAUGCGAAAUGGUGCGUCAAAGACUCGAGACAAGCGGAUACUGGGCCAGGUCAACAAAGCAAUGGACCGGACAGGCGAUGCAGCCUUACACCGCGUCAAGGGAGCAGCAGGUGUAGGGCGAGUAACUACACAUGCUAGAGAGCCACCGAAGGGUCCACGAAGCAGUCUAGCGCGCAACAUCAAUCACCACAUGGGGAACGGCAGGCCCAUGCCGCCCAUGGGUCCCAUGGGUCAGCCUACGCAGUCGCCGGUAAUGCCUAUGAUGCCUAUGAUGCCUGGCAUGCCCGGUAUGCCGGGCAUGCCAAUGGGUCCUUCGAAUCCUCUCAUGAAUUUGACUCCGGACCAGCAGGUGCAGCUGUUCAAGAUGUACGAGCAGCAAGCGGCAUACGUGGCACAGAAAUUGCUGGAGGGCCAGGGUGUGUUGAACCCAGCGUUCCAGCAGAACGGGAACGGGCCACAAUCCGGCAAGUCGCUCUUUGACCGCGUUGAUGGGCGGAGACAGCGACAGAACCUUCGGAGACCUCCGCCUGGGGAGGACAAGAAAGAAACUCCCCAACCCGCCAACAACACCGGGUCCACAUCGUCCAUGGACGUCGAACCGUCCACUCAACCUGCAUCCAAAGACCCCUUCGACAUACUUUGCCGCUUCAACCUCCAAUGCACGAAGGCCGACUGCCCCUUCGCACAUCAGUCGCCAGCAGCCCCUCCUGGCAUAACGGUAGACAUGUCGGACACCUGCAGCUACGGUGCUGCCUGCAAGAACCACAAAUGCGCCGGCAAGCACCCAUCACCCGCGAAGAAGAGUGCUUUCAAAGCCGAGGCAGAGUGCAAGUACUGGCCGUACUGCUCGAACCCGGCCUGCCCGUUCAAGCACCCGGACAUGCCUCCGUGCAGGAAUGGCGCAGACUGCCCCAUGCGGCCGAACUGCAAGUUCGCGCAUACGAACGUCGAGUGCAUACACAACCCGUGCACGAGGCUAAACUGCUUGUACAAGCACAAGGAGGGCCAGAAGAAGGGGAAGUUUGAGGACAAGGUCUGGAAGGCGGAUGGUGAAAAGGGGCACGUCAGCGAAAGGAAGUUUGUGGAUGACGACGGGGAGGAGGAACUCAUUAUCCCAGGAAGCGGGGGCAGCCAGCCAGAGGGGGAGGAGACGCAUGAGAUGGAGACGCAGAUCUUCACAGGGGAUACGCAAAUUGCUACGUGA